AUAUAAUGCCCCCUUUAAGAAAAAUAUUCAGCAUUGGGUUAAUCAGUUAACAACUACGUAUGAUAUAAUUGAAAAUUGGUUAAAUGUACAAAAUCUAUGGAUAUAUUUGGAAGCAGUAUUUGUCGGAGGAGAUAUUGCCAAGCAAUUACCUAAAGAAGCAAAAAGAUUCCAGAACAUAGAUAAAUCUUGGGUAAAAAUAAUGACAAGAGCACACGAAACACCUAAUGUUGUUGAAUGUUGUACAGCAGAUGAAGUUUUAUCACAACUACUACUUCAUUUAUUAAUGCAAUUAGAACUUUGUCAGAAGUCAUUAGUUGGUUAUCUCGAGAACAAGAGACGUUUGUUUCCUAGAUUUUUCUUUGUUUCCGAUCCUGCAUUGCUAGAAAUAUUAGGUCAAGCAAGUGAUUCACACACUAUUCAAAAUCAUCUUCUCAGUAUAUUUGAUAACAUAAGUUCAGUAAAGUUUUCUCAAAAGGAAUAUGAUUGCAUAGAAGCUGUAAAUUCUCAAGAAGGAGAACAGAUUUUGUUGCAAAAAUAUGUAAUGGCUAAAGGUAAUGUAGAAGUUUGGUUGGCAAAUUUAAUGAAUGAACAGCAGCAGUCUCUUAAUAAAAUUAUACUCCAAGCUUAUAAUGAUCUGAAUGCUGAGGAAUUUGAUUUGAUUGAUUUUAUGAAUAAAUAUAUUGCUCAGGUAGCUUUACUUGGUCUCCAGAUGAUAUGGACAAGAGAUGCUGAGGAAGCUUUGUCUCGUGCAACUUUUAAUAGGAAAAUAAUGGGAGCUGCAAAUAGAAGAUUUGGAGAUAUUUUGAGAAAACUAAUUAAACAGACAACUUAUGAUUUAUCAGAAUACCAAAGAACAAAAUUUGAAACAUUAAUAACAAUUCAUGUUCAUCAGAAAGAUAUUUUUGAACAUUUGGUAAAAGCUAAUAUAAAAUCACCUAUGGAAUUUGAAUGGCUAAAACAAAACAGAUUUUAUUAUGAUUUGGACAAAUUAAUGUGCAUUAUUCGAAUCACUGAUGUGAAUUUCAUUUAUCAGAAUGAGUUCUUAGGCUGUACAGAAAGACUUGUAGUUACACCCUUAACUGAUAGAUGUUAUAUAACACUUGCUCAAGCAAUACGAAUGUGUUUGGGUGGAGCCCCUGCCGGUCCAGCAGGUACAGGGAAAACUGAAACAGUAAAAGAUAUGGGAAAAACAUUAGGCAAAUAUGUUGUUGUGUUUAAUUGUUCUGAUCAAAUGGAUUUUCGUGGAUUAGGACGCAUUUUCAAAGGUCUUGCACAGUCAGGUUCCUGGGGAUGUUUUGAUGAGUUCAAUCGAAUAAACUUGCCUGUUUUAUCAGUAGCAGCACAACAAAUCAAUAUUGUGCUUACUGCACGUAAAGAAAGAAAGAAACAAUUUAUAUUUUCUGAUGGUGAUACUGUAGAACUCGAUUCAGAAUUUGGAAUAUUCAUUACUAUGAAUCCAGGAUAUGCAGGAAGACAAGAAUUGCCAGAAAAUUUAAAAACACUCUUUCGAAGCGUUGCAAUGAUGGUUCCAGAUAGACAGAUAAUUAUUCGUGUAAAAUUAGCUAGUUGUGGAUUUCAAGAAAACAUCAUUCUUGCCCAAAAGUUUUUUGUUUUGUAUAAAUUAUGUGAAGAACAAUUAACUAAACAGGUCCAUUAUGAUUUUGGGUUAAGAAAUAUUUUGUCAGUUCUUCGAACUCUCGGAUCAGCAAAACGAGCCAGAGUUGGAGAAAGUGAAUCCUCAAUUGUAAUGAGAGUUUUGAGAGAUAUGAAUUUAUCUAAAUUGAUUGAUGAAGAUGAAUCUCUGUUUAUGAGUCUUAUAACUGAUCUGUUCCCUGAUAUUGAUCUUGAUAUGGCAAUAUAUGAAAAGCUGGAUAACAAAAUUGUGGAAGAACUUGAAAAUGAAGGGCUUAUAAAUCAUCCUCCAUGGAAAAUGAAAAUAAUUCAACUAUAUGAAACUCAACUUGUCCGACAUGGAAUCAUGACAUUAGGACCAAGUGGUACAGGAAAAACUAUGUGUAUACAAGUGUUAAUGAGAGCUUUAACAAAACUUGGAAAAUUACAUAAGGAAAUGAGAAUGAAUCCAAAAGCAAUAACAGCUUCACAGAUGUUUGGUCGACUUGAUGUAGCCACUAAUGAUUGGACUGAUGGAAUAUUUUCUACACUUUGGAGGAAGUCAUUAAAACUUGCAAAGAAAGGUGAACACAUUUGGCUUAUUCUUGAUGGUCCUGUAGAUGCUAUUUGGAUUGAAAAUCUUAAUUCAGUUCUUGAUGAUAAUAAAAUGUUAACUCUUGCAAAUGGAGAUAGAAUUCCAAUGUCACCAUUAUGUAAAAUAAUAUUUGAAACUCAUAAUGUUGAUAAUGCUUCACCUGCUACUGUAUCUAGAAAUGGUAUGGUUUUUAUGAGUUCUUCAGGACUUGAUUGGAAACCAUUACUUGAGAGAUGGUUAAAGACACGAACCAAACAAGAGCAAGAAGUAUUAAAUCGUUUAUUUCAUAAAAUAUUUGAUGAAGCUUGGGAUUAUGUUCUAACUGGACUUAAUCCAAAAAUGACUUUCUUACAAGUUAAUUACAUAAAACAGGCUUUGGAUAUAUUAGAAGGAUUGUUACCGAUGGAACACAGAGUAACAGUUUCUCAAGAACAAAUAGAAAAAAUAUUUGUAUUUGCUAUUAUGUGGUCAUUAGGUGCCUUAUUAGAGCAAAAUGAAAGAGCAAUGCUUGAAGAACUAUUAUUUAAAAAUAAAAAAAUUCUAAAUCUGCCUCCUGUUAAAAAAGAUGAAAAAGAAACUAUAUUUGAAUACGUGGUGAAUAAGGAAGGUUUGUGAAAU